AUGUCAUCUCUUCAAAGGCUACUUGGCGACGGAAGGGACACAAGUUCCGAAGAUAACACCAGUUCCUCAAGUGAAGUUUACACCUAUCUAGCCCCAUGAGCAGUGUAUUCUUUUAAUUUUUCAAGUAAUCCUCACUAUCCUUUUCAGCUUGCUUUAGGGUCCUUUAUAGAAGACACCAACAACAGCAUACAAAUAAUCCAGCUGCUUCCAGAACAAGCCCGAUUUGAGGUAAAAACGACCAUUCCACAUACAUACGCCCCUACCAAAAUAAUGUGAAUCCCUGAUCUUGAAGGCUCACAUCCCCACUUAAUGGCCACUUCAAGUGAUCACUUGCGUAUCUGGCGACAAGACGAGUCUGGACUAAGCUCAGUGUCAAGCCUUGUGAAUAACCGUCACAGUGACUACUGUGGCCCAAUUACCAGUUUUGACUGGAAUGCUAAUGAUUUGACGAUGAUUGGGACUGCAAGCAUUGAUUCGACAUGUACUAUAUGGGAUAUUGAGAGGCAAGCUAUGAAAAAACAGAUAUUGACACAUACAAAGGAAGUUAAUGAUAUUGCGUUUGGGCAUGAUCCCAAUAUUUUUGCUAGUGUAGGCGCUGAUGGGUCAGUCCGAAGGUUCGACUUAAGGAGCUUAGAACAGUGCACAAUUCUCUAUGAAAGCCAAGGGUAUGCUAACACCCUAUAAAAUAGAAUAAAAAAGAUUUAAAUUUUUUUUAUAGAAAUUCAUAGAAAAUCUAAUAUAUCCCUUUACUUAGACUAGCCUGAAAUAAAAUCGACCCAAAUUAUAUAGCAAUUAUUAUGAUGGACUCUCCUACUGUGACUAUUUUAGAUGUCAGGUCUCCUGGGAUGCCUUUAGCAGUGCUGCAAAGUCACCAGAACUUUGUAAAUGCGAUAUCAUGGGCUCCUAACUCAAGUUGUUAUAUAUGUACAGCUGGAGAUGACAGACAAGCCUUGAUAUGGGAUUUGAGAAGAAGUUUAGGAGAAAUAAGGGAGCCUAUGAUGGUCUAUAAUGCAGAAGCAGAAAUCAUAAACCUCAGCUGGUCAGUGCUGCAGCCUAACUGGGUAGCUAUAGCUUAUAAUAAAAGUCUCCAAUUACUAAAGCUUUAA